CUGGAGGAUGAUUUUCACUGCAUUGUGUAAUCUCUGUAAUCUCUUUUUUUCUGUAAUCUCAUUGUGUAAUCUCGUUUUCAUUACGUUCUGUAAUUUAAAAAAUGUUUCGUUUUUUUUGCUCAUUGCAUUCUGUAUUUUUUCAUGAAGCAUGAUUUUCAUUGCUUUGCAUAAUUGUUGUUGUUUUUUUCUGAAGUAUGAUUUUUUUUCAUUGCAUUGUGUCAUUUUAUGAGAGGGAUUUUUCUGGAGUAGGAAUGUUCUUGCAUUGAGUAUAAUUUUCAUUGCAUUGCAUAUUGCUUCUGGAGUAUGAUUUUUCAUUGCUUUGCAUCAUUUUACGUUGCUUCUUUCCAUGAAGUAUGUGCGAUUUUAUGGGGGUUUUAUUUCUAGAGUAGGGAUUUAAUUGCAUUGCAUUGCAUAAUUUUUUGCAUAAUAAUGUUUUUUUGUUUGUUUGUUUGUUUGUUUUUUAACCCCCUGGAGUAAGAUUUCAAUCCAUUCUGUAGUUUUAUGUUUGUUUGUUGGUUGUUGUUUUUUUUCUGAUUUUCAUUGCAUUGUAUAUUUUUUUUUCUAGAGUAUAAUUUUCAUUGCUUUGCAUAAGUUUAUGUUGUUUUUUUUUUUUCCAUGAAAUAUGAUUUUCAUUACCCACUGGUGUUAGAUUUCAAUGCAUUCUAUAGUUUUAUGUUUGUUUGUUGGUUGGUUGGUUUGCUGUUUAUUCUGAUUUUCAUUGCAUUGUUGUUGUUGUUGUUGUUGUUGUUGUUGUUGUUUCUGGAGUAGGAUUUUACCAUUGCAUUGUAGAUUUUUUGUCUCACUUUUUGGUUUACCCUGAUGCCUAGUGUGCACGAAACCCCGCCCACUCUACUACCACUGAGACCCGCCCACAUAGGUGGGCGUUUCCCUGUGCACUGUAAAACAGCCCCAGUGCAGGUGUGUGUGUGUGUGAGAGAGAGACAGACAGCUGCAGGUGUUGGCUGGAACAGAGCAGCUGUGAGCUCUGGCUUUGCGUGUGUAAGAGUUUUUACCUGGCGACGGCAUCCUUCAGUGUGUGUAGAGAAACUUUCAACUUUAAACAGAACAGCACCCUAAAGGGCGGAUUUUUACUCAUACAAGUGCUGGGAAAUCUGUCAGAAUGUUCAAGAGGAAGACCGCGAAGUCCAGCGUGACCCCCUCAUCCACGUCCACUAAAAAGGUGGAUCUGACCACUCUGAUCGAGAAGCUGCAGAAGAAUGCUGACAAGGUGGAGAAGAACAUCUUGGAGACGGAGCAGAAUCUCAACAAGGACGUGCUCAAGAUCAACGAGGGCAAGCCACCGCUAUAUCAGGAUUCCACCAACAAGGCCAUCGAGAACUCGCUGUACUUGCUAAACGGUCUGGAUGAAGACGCAGCCGAAGCCAAGCGCCUGCAGCACCCGCAGGCCGAGAUGAUCGAGCACGAUAUGAUGCAGCUGCGUGAGCGUGUGAAGAAGCUGCGGAAUGAUCACAACCACAUUUACCACCUGACACGAUCCGAAGGGGUUCCCAGCGUCGACUGGGGCAAGAUCAUCGAUGAGAAAACGGCAAAUCUCAACAACAAAGGAUUUGGACAAGACCUGCCCACUGUUGAGAAUGAAGUGGAAGAGCACAAUAUCUUUCACAGUGAAGUGGAGGCCUUGGCUCCUUACAUCGGUCAGGGAGACAAGAACUACGUUGGUGGGCUGCAGCUAAAAUACAACAAGCUCCUGGCAAGCUCCACGGCUCGUCAGAAGAACCUGCUCAGUCUGAGAGACUACAUGCAGCGCUGCACCAACGAGCUCUACUGGCUGGACCAGCAGGCUGAUGAACGCAUCAUGUACGACUGGAGCGAUGCCAACCUUGACUACCCGGCUCGCAAGAGGCAGUACGAGAACUUCAUCAGUAAGUGUCUGGAAUCCAAGGAAGGGACAGUCACUAAACUGAGUGACGAUGGGGAGAAACUCAUCGCCCAGGGACACCCAGGAAAGAACGUCAUCGAGGCGCACAUGGAUGCUGUCCAUGCAGACUGGAAGGAAUAUCUCAACCUGCUCAUCUGUGAAGAGAAUCACCUCAAGCACAUGGAUGACUACCACAAGUUUCAGAAGGAAGCCAGAGACACUCAGGACUUGCUGAAGCGCCUGGAUACGGAAAUCAACCAGAAGUACAACCCUGACUUUAAAGACCAGUACCAGUUGGAUGGCUUGCUCACAGACCUGAAUGACCAAGCGAAGGCCAUGGAUCACUUUGAUGAGCGCGUGAAAGCUCUCCAGGACCGCAGCCUUCAGGUUCUGCCCUUGAAGUACCGCAGGAGUCCACCACAAAAGCUUCUUCCCAUCGAGGCGUUGUGCGACUAUGACACAGACGAGGGUCAGAUUCAGCGAGGAGGACGCUACACGCUGCUCAGGAACAACGGCGCCAAAUGGGACGUGAAAGACUCGGCCGGCCGCACCCUGGCAGCCCCUGGCGUGUGUUUCAUCAUUCCACCGACUGACCCAGACUCUGUCGCCAUCGCCGAUAAUCUCGUGAGCCAGCAGAAGGCCAACAAGCAGAAGGUUGCGAGCAGCAAAGCGGCGCUGCAGAACCGACUGGCCAACCUGAAGAAGGACAGCACGAGUGGACAAGAUAAGCAGGAGCUGCAGUGCCGCCAGCUGAUGGCCGGACUGGAUAAAGUGGUGAACGACCUAGAUAAGCAGGAGAAGGCCAUUUAUUCCCAAGUGCGCCCCCCUCUGGAGCAGAGCCGCCCCGUACAGGACAGCGCUGACAGGCUGCAGAACAUGAGGGACAUCGCCUCCAUCGUCCGUAAGAUCGAGCCAGAGAAGACCGCCAAAGUUCGUGAGGCUGAGACUUUCCUCAAAUCCAACCCCAAGUGUGCCAGCGCUCCACAGCUCUCCUCCAAGGUCGACACGACUCUCAACAAAUACGACAAGGUCGAUCAGCUGCUGAAGUGUUCGAAUGAUAGACUUCAGAACUCCAACAAACUGGAGAGCUCGAUACAGAGCUGCAAAAACCUGCUGACACCCUACGAGAACAGGCUGGCCAGAGAAGAAAUCGCUCCCUCUGACCCGACCUCUCUGGACAAGGCUCUGCGCGAGCUAACUGACAUGAGCUCGGAGCUGAGGGUGAAGAAAACCAUCAUCCCAGACAUGGAGAGUAAUCUGAGGAGCUCUAAACUCAGCUGCGAUAACAUGGUGAACAGAGUGCAGGAGCACUGCCCUGACAUCGACCGGCAGGAAGCAGACGUUCAAAAGCUUUCCAAACGCUAUGACAAUCUUCUCAGGCAGAUCGACACCAGGUCACAGAGUCUGCAGAGAGCUAAAACGUCCUACAGCAAUUACCGUAAUGAUUACGACAACCUGAACAGCUGGCUGUCCCGUGUGCCGAACUACGAGGCCCACGAGACCGACACAGUCCAGCAGGUGGAUGGAAAACUGAAAAACCAAAGAAAUCUGCUCUCCGAAAUCGCAAGGAAGGAAUCGGACUUAAACAACGUCUCGAGGAACGCGCAGCUCUACCAGCAGUCGGUCAAGGAUUACGAGAACGAAGCCGAGAGGUUCAGGUCUAUUCUCGACCUUGAAGAUGGCCUGGUCUCGCAAACGUACAAGAGGAGCCGACUGGAAUCUCCUGCACUGAAAGUCAAGGGAGAGGAAGCAGCCAUCGAGGCCAAAUUCACAGAGGUCAAUGCUGUGCACAAACAACGAUUACAGAACCUUGAGUUUGCACAAAGUCUUCUCAAUCAGCAAGCAGAAGUGCAAGUCAUCCAGCAGAACGUUCAGUCCGUGAAAUCUUCUGCGUCGGGAGAUGAUACCUGGAGAAUUAAGAAUCAGCUGGAGGAAGAGGUCCUGAGACGGCAGCAGCUUGAAAAGGAAAUCAAAACGAUUCAGACCGACAUCUAUGUGCUGGAAGGACAAAAACCACAGGAUACGAUUGUCAAGAAGGAGCUGAUCAAGAAGGUCCCUGAUCCUCAGCUAGACGAAGAAAUGAGCAGGGUCCAACAGAGGCUCUCGGACGAACGCAGGACCACUCGCAUCCUCGAAGGCGAACUGGACACGCUCCGCUUGAAGCUACGCGGCAUCGAGACAGAAAUGAAGGAAGGUGCUCAGCAGUACACGGUCAAAGAGGUACUACGCAUCGAAAGGGACCGAGGACAGGAGGAGGAAGUACGGCGGCUAAGAGAAGAGCUGGAGGAGCUCAAGAGACAAAAGCUAAUCAAGGACACCGAUAUCAUUCAGAUCCAGAAGCAUAUCACCGUCCUGGCUGCUGAGAAAAACAAGGAGCAGGAAGUCAUCAAGGAAGAAGAAGUCAUAAAGGUGCAAAACGAUCCUCAGCUGGAGUCCGAGUACAGAUUGCUCAUGGAGAGAAAGCAGAAAGAAAUCGACAACCGAAAACAACUAGAAGACGAGCUCCGUUUCCUGCAAGAAAAACUCAAGCGUCUGGAGAAGGAAAAGUCCAUGGCUGAGGAGAAGAUCUCCAUCCGAGAGGUUCUCAAGGUUGAAAAAGAUAUUGCUUUGGAGAGGGAGGUUGAGAACCUGAGACAGCAGCUCAGGGAAGAACAGUCAAAGCGCAUGUCUGCUCAGAGAGAGAGAGCCGACUUUCAGCGAAAGAUCACAAGCCUCGAGGAGGAGAAGUCCAAGGUCAUCAUUCAGGAAAAAAUGCGCGAGAUCGUCAGGCCUGAUCCCAAGGCAGAGGCAGAAGUCGCCAAUCUCAGGCUCGAACUUGUAGAAGUACAGAGAAGAGCCAGAGACACUGAGCUUCAGCUGAAGUCCACUCAGGAGGAGCUGGUGGUGCUGCGGAACAGAGGCCCACAAGUCGAAACCAAAGAAAUCAUCAAAGAGGUUAUCAAGUACAAGAUCGAUCCAGAAACCGAAAGAGAGCUGGAGAGACUCCGAAAUGAAAUCGUGGACAAGACGCACAUGACUGAGAAGUUUGAAAUCGAGAUUACCCAACUGAGGCAUGAGAUUCAGAGGUGGAAAGACACCAAACCCCAGGUGCAGACCAAAGAGGUGGUUAACGAAGUCCUUCAGUACAGAGAGGACCCUAAAACCAAAGAAGAAAUCGAGACCCUCAAGAAGAGGCUGGCCGAGGAGCAGAGGAAACGCUUGGAGCUAGAGAGAGAGAGAAGUACCACUGAAGAGAAGAUCAGGGUCAAGAAGAUCGACUUGUCACAGGUCCGAGAGAAGGUUGUGCAGCAAGAAGUGGUGAAGGUGGAAGAAGACCCAGUGCUGAAGUCUGAAUGCCUGAACUUCACUCAGAAAAUCAAUAAUGAGUUGAAACAGAGGGAACUCCUGAAAGAUGAGUUGGCCAGGCUGCAUCGUCAGAAGGCUGAUCUGGAUCUCCAGCUGGAGGAGCUUGAACGUGAGCGCAGAGCCCGACGGGAAGCCGAGCUUGAAAUUCAGAGAUUGAGAGUCCGGCUUAGCGAGCUCGAGAUCAGGGACAGAGAAAACCGAGAGAAGGUUACAGUCAAGCAAAAGGUCGUCCUGCAGCAAGACCCACAGCAAGAGAAAGAGCAUUCUAUCUUACGCCUUCAGGUCGAGGAAGAGAGGCACAAGCGCCUGCUCCUGGAGAAAGAGUACAACGCUCUGUUGGAGCAACAACGUACGCUGGAGAGAAUUGAGGUCCGGGAGAAAGUCGUUUGCACAGAGAAGGUCCAAGUCGAGAAAGAUCCAGAGGCCGAGGUUGAGAUCGAGAGGCUGAAGAGGAGCCUUGAAGAAGAAACGAAACGCCGACAAGAGCUGGACAUCGAGCUCAGCACCUUCACCAGCAGGCUGACCGAAAUGGAGUUCACGAACACAAAGUCGUCCAAAGAGCUCGACUACAUCCGUGACGAGAGCAGCAGGCUUCUCCAGGAGAACCAACGCCUGCAGAACGAGAUCCGAAAACUCCAGGCCGAAAUCCAGAUCACCUCGAAGGAAACCAGUCAACUGUCCACGCCAAUGGACAACAGCAGGAACCUGGAAAUACGGCUAACGGCGCUGCAGAAAGAACUCCAAGACCUGAGACGCAUCGCAACCGAGAAAGAUGAAGAAAUCGAAAGGCUACAGAAGAAUAUGUCUGCCGUUAGGGUGAAGAGAGAGCAGAGAGAAAGCCACCUCCGCCGCUCCAUCGUCGUCAUCGACCCGGACUCGGGCAAAGAGAUGAGGCCCGAGGAGGCGUACAAGCUGGGGCUCAUCGACUGGAAGAUGUUCGUCAACCUACAGAGUCAGGAAUGCGACUGGGAAGAGAUCACCGUCAAGGGUCCAAACGGAGAGUCGUCUGUUCUUCACGACAGAAAAUCGGGCAAAAAGUUCUCCAUCGAGGACGCCCUGCGGUCCGGGAACAUCACGAAACGCCAGCUGCAGCAGUACCAGAACAAAGAAAUCAGCAUCCAGGAGUUUGGUAUCCUGGUUUCCGGAAAGAGUUAUUAAUGCCAUGAGAAAUCUCUCUGUUUUACGUUUCAUCAUUUUACUCGGUUAAGUUUUUUCUGAUUAAGCACAAGUUCAGUUUUUCCUUAGGCUUUCCGAGUUGGGCUUUCUUAAUGCACUGUAUAUUUAUUUACAUGUACCUGGGCUGAUAGGGAGAAUAUUACCCAAACCUUCUUCUUCUUCUUCUUCUUCUUCUUCUUCUUCUUCUUCUUCUUCUUGAUGGGUAGAUAUGUUCUGAUAUAGCAGGGAUGAAAGCAAGUUAUCUGACUACAGACUUCAGUUUCACACAUACCAGAAAUAUUUGCACUGUUGUUGAAGAUGAAUUAGCACACUAAUGUCGGUUUCCAAAACCAGAGUGUCUAAUGUUUCUAAAUAAAAAAUAUAUAUCUGGGUAAACUGGACAAUUGUGUCUGUCCUUCUUUCUCGGUUUCAUACGAACUGGGUUAUUUUGACGUCCUGAGACUGGAGGGUUGGCCGUGUUAGCUCUGUCCCUGUUGUUUUUUUUUUUUUGCAGAUAUACACACAUUUGCCCUGAUUUUAUUAGUACUUGUAGCCAUUUUGCACUAAUGUAGCACCACAGUGGUAUUUCCUUGACCCUUCCUGAUGAGAUCUUACCCGUGGUGUUUCAUUAGUUUUAUACCCGAGCUACAAGGUUAAUCCCUAAGCAAUGUAUAAUAUCUUAUCCCUCUGUUUUAGAGCAUGCGAGACCUAGAUCCGAUUUCCGCUUGAGCCUCUUAAACACGGCUUAAUAAUGUCAACGACUACACGUUCAAAUGAAUGACAUUUCCUUGCUACCAAAGAAAUAGAGGUACCUGCUGACUUGGACUCGGUCACUGUAAUGUGUGUUGUAAUGGGUUUCUGUUCAGAAAUCACAAUCCGGUGAACACUGAAUCCUGUUCUGUAGAUGAACUGAGACAUGGACGUACAGUCUUCCACCCAGAAGUCACAGCAGUACAAACCCUCAAAGAU